UGAUGUUUCUGCAACCAGAUUUGCUUUAAAUGGCAUCUUGUUUCAGAGAGAAACAGGCGAGAGAAAAAUUUAAUGUAUAUAUCAGUCAUGUUGGAUAACGUGGAAAAACGUCACCCCCAAUGCACACAAUAUGCAGCAGCAAUAGCCAGAAUGAUUCAAAAGACUGCACAUUUAGUCAUGGGACACAGUCUAACCAUUUUGACAACUCACAGUGUUGUGGCUUAUGUGAAUUCACAAAGCUUCACUAUGACUGCACUCAGACAACACAGGCUGUCCAAAAUUUUGGAAGCACCCAACAUCACAUAUACACAUGAAGGUGUGAACAUGGCAGAUGGCAUGACGGAUGGCGAACCUCAUCAAUGUGAAGAAUUGGUUUCCAGGAUGGAGAAGGUGAGACCAGAUCUAGAGGCUAGUCCUAUUGAAGGCCCACAGGUGAGACAGUUGUUCACAGAUGGCUGUUGUUUCAGACAUGAAAGUGAAGGACUCAGAGCAGCCUAUUCUGUUGUUGAGCGACUAGGCUCAGGAUUUGUAACAAGGAAGGCAGAAAGGUUACAAGGACCUCAGUCAGCGCAGAGAGCAGAGCUAAUAGCAGUGAUUGAGGCAUUAAAGUUGGCAGAACAACAGGAGGUAAAUGUAUAUUCAGAUUCAGCAUAUGCCACAGGUGCAGUUCAUGUGGAGUUAUGUCAGUGGUUGAGAGCAGGACUUUUGACAGCGGGGGGUAAACCUAUAAAACACGAGAUGGAAAUGAGAGCGCUGGCCGAUGUUUUGAUGUUACCGGCCAGAAUUGCCGUGAUAAAGUGCACAGGUCAUGAUAACAGUAAUUCAAACAUUGCAUUAGGGAAUCAGGCUGCAGACCAGGCUGCCAAAGCAGCCGCUGGAUAUGCGCCUCAGAUGAUGAUGGUGACGGUGGAAGAUGAGCUGAGAGAAGAGUUGAGCAUGAGUAACAUUAAACUGUUACAGUGCAGAGCAGCUCCGGAGGAGAAGAAUAUGUGGAGGCUCAGAGGAGCCUCAGAGCAGGAAGGUUGCUGGAGAGGGCCAGAUGGCAGACUGGUUUUUCCUCCAGGUUUAAAACAGGACCUUUUUUCUGAGGCACAUGGUGUUGGACAUGUGGGUGUCAGACAGAUGAUGGACAACUUGAACCAUUGGUGGCAUCCAUUUAUGUCAGAUAUGGUCAAACAUUUUGUAAAAAGUUGUACACUGUGUGGGCAAUUUAACUCAAAGAAGACUUUGAAACCUUUGCAGGGCAGAUUUCCUUUGAUCACAGUUCCUGGGAAGGAAGUGAUUCUUGAUUAUACAGUGUCCGAUUUUUGGCUUUGAACUAAAACCACACUUCCCCCACAUCCUUCCUAUUUUGGGUUAAAGCUCAAACUAGCUGGGGUUCUAAGGACCUCUGAAUCUUAACGAGUAUUACCCUGUUUAGAAUUCCUGUGAGACCUUUUCAGCUAGAUGAGUAGGAUACGACUGACCGGCUAACCACCUUCGUCCUAGGGCCACACCCUUCUGCAGUGGACAGGUCAGGCAACCUAGUAGCCUGAGGCCACGUGUACCCCGACCACCGCCCUAGUUAACGGUGGCUCCUACUCCUAUAAAUCAGCACUUGUUACACGAUCAGUAUUUUUUAAAGACUCAAAAGUCCCUAAGGGUGUUGUUUUAAAGUUUGGGCUAUA